AACACUAGUCCUUAUAGUGAAAGCAGUGGGAAAAGCAGAGAUCUCCGGUUACAUACUGCAGCCAUGAAGGGUUAUUUAGGAUUGCUAACUGCAUAUAUGAUCAUCAAUGGUGCCUUUGCCAGCACAAGUUCUACAAUCCAAGGCAACACAGGGGUUUCUGUGGAAUCUGUCACCCACGCAGGAGGUACCAUGGAUGUAACAACCGCCAGCAACAUCAUUGGAACACUCAGCCCUGCAGCUAAGACACUUCCACUGGUAGCCACCACUAUUGGAGAGCACCACAGUCAAGGAAUAACCAAAAAAAAAGAAGGUGCCGUUACUACUGUGAGCGCCAUCCAUCAGAAACACAGCACUGCUGCUGAGAAACUCCCAUUCACCACUAUUGGACAGCACCACACUCAAGGCACAGUGAAGAACGAUCUCUCAAAACUGAUAAUAAGGUACAACAGCCUGCACAACAAUACAAUGCAUAUAACAUGCUUCUUAGAAAAUGGACCACUCCCCAUUCAAUAUGAACUCAUCCUGGGUGACCGGAAAGUGCAGGAGAUUACAGUCCGUAAUAAAGAACCUGCUAACUUCACCAUUCUGAUGACUCCUGGAACCAAUGUUCAGGUCAAGUGCAAAGCUAGAAGCUCCUCUGGUGGGGAGGUGUGCAGUGACAUUGUAUCACAAAGUGUAGAUGACGAUCUCUCAAAACUGAUAAUAAGGUACAACAGCCUGCACAACAAUACAAUGCAUAUAACAUGCUUCUUAGAAAAUGGACCACUCCCCAUUCGAUAUGAACUCAUCCUGGGUGACAGGAAAGUGCAGGAGAUUACAGUCCAUAAUAAAGAACCUGCUAACUUCACCAUUCUGAUGACUCCUGGAACAAAUGUUCAGGUCAAGUGCAAAGCUAGAAGCUCCUCUGGUGUGGAGGUGUGCAGUGACAUUGUAUCACAAAGUGUAGAUGACGACACCCCAAAAGUAGAAGAUGAGGAAGAUGAUGGGGAUAAAGAUUCUGGACCUAAGCAUCUCAUUGCACUGCAUUAUAUCCUGACAUCUGUGGACCCACAAGUUCAAAAAAGAAAUACUCUGUUAUUAUGCAUUUGUGGCCCCACCAUCCUGUUGGUCUUGGUUUUUGUCAUCCUUCUUACAUAUUUACGUAACCGGCGGGAACACCAUGUGGAAGUAUGAAUCCUAAAAGCUGUGCAGCAGCAUUUUUAUAGGAAUAUGGAAAUACUUUUCAACAGCAAGAAGAACAAUCUGGAGACUGGAACGUUGACUUUUGGAAAUAUUUCAAGAAGACGCUGAGCAAAACCAUUCACUCAACACAUGAGGCCAGUACAAUUGGUGCAGGAGGCUGAUUUACAUUCUUUUAUAUGGGUCUUCUCCAGGAGUUUUUGAAUUUCCAGACUUUCUACUCCACCUUUGCCUGUUUUAUUCUCCUGAUGCUUUCCAAGCCAUGUUUUUAUGAUGUAAAUCUACCUUGUUGGAACUUUACUCUCAGGAUUGUUUUCAGCCAGACCUCUGACUUUGGGACCAUAUUCUCAGGCUGUUUCUUUUGAAGCAUCUGCCUUGGUCUUGUUUUCAAGUUUGUUAUUUUACUGUCACAAUUAAUUUACACUUAUGGGCAAAAUGAAUGUAUAAAGACAGAAUCAAAGAUAGACCCAACAGGAAUUUCAAAUAAUGUAUUCUGUCACUAGUACACAGGUCCUCAAACUCGGUACUGGGGACACCACACAGUUUACGUUUUCCAUGUCACCUAGCAGGUGCACAGGUGUAUUCAUUACUCACUGACCCAUUUUAAAAGAGCCACAUGUGGAGCUAAUUAUUUCACUAGUGAUUCUGUGAGGAGACCUGGAAAACAUGCACUGUGUGGGGUCCUGAGGACAGAGUUUGAGAAUUUGUGCACUAGAGAUAAAUUACAAAAGAAAUAUUACAAAAAGACAUUACACUUUAGGAAUGCACCUUUGAUUUUAUACAUGAACUUAAUUCAGGAAUGAACAAUACUUAUAAUGGACUAAUUAUGAGGUAUUGGACCCUAGUCGCACGCAAUGCUGAUGGUCAUGAUGUUGAUCGAUGUUUUGCUACUGUGCAUGCAGAAGCGCAGUUGCAAUUGAGACGGACAGUAUCAGAAAUGCAUUGGAAAUAUGUGGGGCGGGUGGCUAUUCAGACCUACAAAAAUUAUCUGUCUUAUGGUAGUGUUGUUGUGGUUACUUAAUCGCUCACAUGGAAAACAAACACCCAUCAUAGCGCUGGUGUGACCGAUGGUGACGUACCAAGCGGUACUACAGGAUCUAAAGAAACUCAAAGUGCGCAUUUCAGUCCUUGCACAAUGAGACACAGGGUUGUACAUUAUGGAAAGUUAUGCUACUAGCAUAAGCAUAUAGUCACAGACGCAACUAUGGUAAAAGACGCUAAAAUGGUUGCAGCAGCAUAAAACAAAGAAUCAGGCCUAUUAUGUGCCAUAGUAAAUCUGUGGGUACUUCGGAACUGAGGGGGAGAUGUAUGAAGCUUUGAAAAGAGUGGAGAAGUGUGCCAAUAGAGAACCAAUCAGCUUUCAAGUAACAUUUAUCAAGUGCAUUCUAUAAAAUUAUACAUAGCAAGUGAUUGGUUGCCAUGGGCUACUUCUCAACUGGCUCAUUUCUACACUCUUUUCACUGCUUUAUGCAUAUACUCCUGAGUGUUAUUUACACAUAUUUCAAAUGUAUUUUUAAUUUCCGCUUUUACAGAUGUUUGCAGAUUAUGCAUGUAAGGGGAGAGCACCUUAGAGAUUGUGAAAAGUGACAAUAUGUUUUAUUUGCACCACUACAAUUUUUAGGUUAAAAAAUAAUAGCUCUCAUUACAAAAGUCAGGACCAGGCUCCACACAAACACGUUUUUAGCCACUGGAAAAUAUGUAUGUUUAUUUUUCUUAAUGGAAGGGAUGUACUAAAGCAAAAAUGCGGUAAAAAAUAAGAUUUUAAACCUACCGGUAAAUCUUUUUCUCCAAGUCCGUAGAGGAUGCUGGGGACUCCGUAAGGAACAUGGGGUACAGACGGGCUCCGCAGGAGACAUGGGCACUAUAAAGAACUUUUAGUAUGGGUGUGCACUGGCUCCUCCCUCUAUGCCCCUCCUCCAGACCUCAGCUAGAGAACUGUGCCCAGAGGAGAUGGACAAUACGAGGAAAGGAUUUUGUUAAUCUAAGGGCAAGAUUCAUACCAGCCCACACCAAUCAUACCAUAUAACCUGGAAUAUACGCAACCAGUUAACAGUAUGAACAAAAAACAGUAUCAGUCAAAGACCGAUUCCAACUGUAACAUAACCCUUAUGAAAGCAACAACUAUAUACAAGUCUUGCAGAUGUAGUCCGCACUGGGACGGGCGCCCAGCAUCCUCUACGGACUAGGAGAAAAAGAUUUACCGGUAGGUUUAAAAUCUUAUUUUCUCUUACGUCCUAGAGGAUGCUGGGGACUCCGUAAGGACCAUGGGGUUUAUACCAAAGCUCCCAACCGGGCGGGAGAGUGCGGAUGACUCUGCAGCACCGACUGAGCAAACGCAAGGUCCUCAUCAGCCAGGGUAUCAAACUUGUAGAAUUUUGCAAAAGUGUUUGAACCCGACCAAGUAGCUGCUCGGCAAAGCUGUAAUGCCGAGACGCCUCGGGCAGCCGCCCAAGAAGAGCCCACCUUCCUAGUGGAAUGGGCCUUAACCGAAUUUGGUAACGGCAAUCCAGCCGUAGAAUGAGCCUGCUGAAUCGUAUUACAGAUCCAGCGAGCAAUAGUCUGCUUAGAAGCAGGAGCGCCAACCUUGUUGGCUGCAUACAGGACAAACAGAGCCUCUGUUUUCCUAACCCUAGCCGUCCUGGCUACAUAAAUCUUUAAGGCCCUGACUACAUCCAUGGACUUGGAGUCCUCCCAGUCCCUCGUAGCCACAGGCACCACAAUAGGUUGGUUCAUAUGAAAUGAAGAAACCACCUUAGGCAAAAAUUGAGGACGUGUCCUCAACUCUGCUCUAUCCACAUGAAAAAUCAAAUAGGGGCUCUUGUGGGACAAGGCCGCCAAUUCGGACACCCGCCUUGCAGAUGCCAAGGCCAAUAACAUGACCACUUUCCACGUGAGAAAUUUUAAUUCAACUGUUUGAAGAGGUUCAAACCAGUGAGAUUUCAGGAAACUUAACACCACGUUAAGGUCCCACGGUGCCACUGGGGGCACAAAGGGGGGCUGGAUCUGCAGCACUCCCUUCACAAACGUCUGGACUUCUGGGAGAGAAGCCAAUUCCCUCUGAAAGAAUAUAGAUAGGGCCGAAAUCUGUACCUUAAUGGAGCCUAACUUCAGGCCCAUAUCCACUCCUGUCUGUAAAAAGUGGAGAAACCGGCCCAGAUGGAAAUCUUACGUAGGAGCAUUCUUGGCUUCACACCAAGAUACAUACUUCCUCCAGAUACGGUGAUAAUGCUUUGCCGUCACCUCCUUCCUAGCCUUUAUCAGAGUAGGGAUAACUUCCUCCGGAAUACCUUUCCCAGCUAUGAUUCGGUGUUCAAUCGCCAUGCCGUCAAACGUGACCGCGGUAAGUCUUGGAACACACAUGGCCCCUGCUGUAACAGGUCCUCCCUGAGAGGAAGAGGCCACGGAUCUUCUGUGAGCAUUUUUUUUAAGAUCUGAGUACCAGGCCCUUCGAGGCCAAUCUGGGACAAUUAGUAUUGUCUGCACUCUUCUUUGUCUUAUGAUUCUCAAUAUUUUUGAGAUGAGAGGAAGAGGAGGAAAUACAUAGACCGACUGAAACACCCAUGGUGUUACUAGGGCGUCUACUGCUACUGCCUGAGGGUCCCGUGACCUGGCACAAUACCUCUGAAGCUUUUUGUUAAGGCGUGACGCCAUCAUGUCUAUUUGAGGAAUUCCCCAAAGACUUGUUAUCUCUGCAAAAACUUCUUGAUGAAGUCCCCACUCUCCCAGAUGGAGAUCGUGUCUGCUGAGGAAGUCUGCUUCCCAGUUGUCCACUCCUGGAAUGAAGACAGCUGACAGAGCGCUUACGUGAUUUUCCGCCCAGCGAAGAAUCCUGGCGGCUUCCGCCAUCGCCACUCUGCUCCUUGUCCCGCCUUGGCGGUUUACAUGAGCCACGGUUGUGACGUUGUCUGACUGAAUCAGAACCGGUAGGUCGCGAAGAAGAUUCUCCGCUAGUCGUAGGCCGUUGUAUAUGGCCCUCAAUUCCAGUAUGUUGAUGUGUAGACAAGCCUCCUGGCUUGACCAUACUCCCUGAAAAUGUCUUCCUUGUGUGACUGCUCCCCAUCCUCGGAGGCUCGCGUCCGUGGUCACCAGAACCCAGUCUUGAAUGCCGAACCUGCGACCCUCUAGGAGAUGAGCACUCUGCUGCCACCACAGGAGAGACACCCUGGCACUGGGGGACAGGGUUAUUUUCUGAUGUAUUUGUAGAUGGGACCCGGACCACUUGUCCAAAAGGUCUCACUGAAAAGUCCUCGCAUGAAACCUGCCGAAGGGGAUGGCCUCGUAGGCUGCCACCAUUUUCCCCAGAACUCGAGUGCAUUGAUGAACAGACACUUUUUUUGGUUUUAGCAGGUCUCUGACCAUGUUCUGGAGAUCCUGGGCUUUUUCCAAUGGGAGAAAAACCCUCUUUUGUUCCGUGUCCAGAAUCAUGCCUAGGAAUGAUAGCCGAGUCGUUGGAACCAAUUGUGACUUUGGCAGAUUGAGAAUCCAACCGUGCUGUUGCAGCACUUUCAGGGAGAGCGACACGCUCUUCAGCAAUUGGUCUCUCGAUCUCGCCUUUAUCAGGAGAUCGUCCAAGUAUGGGAUAAUUGUGACUCCCUGCCUGCGCAGGAGCACCAUCAUCUCCGCCAAUACCUUGGUGAAAAUCCUCGGGGCCGGGGAAAGCCCAAACAGCAACGUCUGAAACUGGUAAUGACAGUCCUGUACAGCGAAUCUCAGGUACUCCUGAUGAGGGGGGUAUAUGGGGACAUGAAGGUAUGCAUCCUUUAUGUCUAAUGACACCAUCAAAUCCCCCCCUUCCAGGCUGGAUAUUACAGCUCGGAGCGAUUCCAUCUUGAAUUUGAACUUUUUCAAGUACAGGUUUAGGGAUUUUAGAUUUAAAAUGGGUCUGACCGAACCAUCCGGCUUCGGGACCACAAACAGGGUUGAAUAAUACCCUUUUCCCUGUUGGACCAGGGGAACCUUGACCACCACUUGUUGUGUUGACACAGCUUUUGAAUUGCAGCUAACACUACUUCCCUCUCCGGGGGUGAAGCUGGCAAGGCCGACUUGAAAAAUCGUCGAGGGGGCACCUCUUCGAAUUCCAGCUUGUAGCCUUGGGAAACAAUUUCCAUCGCCCAAGGAUUCACGUCUGAAAGAAUUCAGAUCUGGCUGAAAAGUCGAAGGCGCGCCCCCACUGGUGCGGACUCCCUUAGGGGAGCCCCAGCGUCAUGCGGUGGAUUUUGUAGAAGCCUGGGAGGACUUCUGCUCCUGGGAACUAGCCGAAGCAGGUGUUCUCUUUCCUCUUCCCUUACCUCUGGCAAGGAAAGAGGAGCCCCUUUUCUGGACUUAUGCGACCGAAAGGACUGCAUCUGAUACUGUGGAGUUUUCUUUUGCUGUUGGGGAACAAAAGGUAAAAAGGUAGAUUUACCCGCGGUAGCUGUGGCAACCAGGUCCGCGAGCCCCUCCCCAAACACCACUGCACUCUUGUAAGGUAAAACCUCCAUAUGCUUCUUUGAGUCUGCAUCACCCAUCCAUUGACGGGUCCAUAGAGCUCGUCUCGCAGAAAUAGCCAUGGCAUUGGCUCUGGAACCCAGCAGCCCAACGUCUCAUUGUGCGUCCCUCAUAUAUAAGACUGUGUCAUUAAUGUGGGCUAAGGUUAAUAAAAUGGUAUCCCUGUCUAGGGUAUCAAGGUCAGCUGACAAGGUAUGUCUCUGCUGCAACUGCGCUACAUACCCAUGACAAUGCUAUUGCCGGUCUAAGCAAAGCACCCGUAUGCGCAUAAAUAGACUUUAAAGUAGUCUUCUGUCUGCGAUCAGCAGGAUCCUUGAGGGCUGCCGUGUCCGGAGACGGCAGCGCCACCUUCUUGGACAGGCGCGUUAAAGCCUUAUCCACCCUGGGAGAGGAUUCCCAACGUACCCUGUCCUGUGCAGGGAAAGGAUACGCCAUAAGAACCCUUUUGGGAAUCUGCAGUUUUUUUAUCUGGAGUUACCCAAGCUUUUUCAAAUAACUCGUUAAGCUCAUGAGAUGGGGGAAAGGUUACCUCAGGUUUUUUUUCCUUAUACAUGCGCACCCUCGUAUCAGGGACAGAGGGGUCAUCAGUGACAUGCAAAACAUCUUUUAUUGCAAUAAUCAUACACUGAAUACUUUUUGCCACCCUUGCGUGUAAUUUUGCAUCAUCGUAGUCGACACUGAAGUCAGAAUCCGUGUCGGUACCAGUGUCCACUAUUUGGGAUAGGGGACGUUUUGAGACCCAGAAGGGCCCUGUGACCCAGUCCAAUCCGCGGAUUGACUCCCUGCUUUCUCCCUGGACUCUGCUUUGUCCAGUCUCUUAUGUAAUGAGGCCACACUCGCAUUUAACAUAUGCCACAUGUCCAUCCAAUCAUGAGUCGGCGUUGCCAACGGAGACACACCACACAUCUGCUUUACCUCCUCCUUGGACGAGCCUUCCGCUUCAGACAUGCCGACACGCACGUACCGACACCCCCACACACACAGGGAUAUAUCUAUAAGGGGACAAUUCCCCAACAAGGCCCUUUGGGGAGACAGAGAGAGAGUAUGCCAGCACACACCCAGCGCCAAACUGACACUGGAAUAAAACCCAGAUAGUGCUUUUAUAUAUAUAUAUAUAUAUAUAUAUAUUAUUAAUGUUAUACACUCACUGCGCCUUAAACAUGCCCCCCCCCCCCCUCCUUUCAGCCCUCUGUCACCGAGUUCAACAGGGGAGAGUCCGGGGAGCCAGCUUCUCUGCAGCGUUCUGUGGAGAAAAUGGCGCUGUUAGUGCUGAGGGAUCAAGCUCCGCCCCCUCCAGAGGCGGGCUUCGGUCCCGCUUCAAUAUUCAAAAAAUGGCGGGGGAUCUCUUCAUUUACUGCCUCCGCAGCCUAAUGUACCCUUAUAUGCCAGACCAGAGGUUUAUUGCUGCCCAGGGCGCCCCCCCUGCGCCCUGCACCCAUCAGUGCCCGUUCUGUGUGUGUAGUGUGUGGGAGCAAUGGCUGCGCGCUUACCUCAGUGAAGAUCUGAAGUCUUCUGCCGCCUUGAAGUCUUCUUUUCUUCUUAUACUCACCCGUCUUCUAUCUUCCGGCUCUGCGAGGAGGACAGCGGCGCGGCUCUGGGACGAACGGCGGGGUGAGACCUGCGUUCCGACUCCCUCUGGAGCUAAUGGUGUCCAGUAGCCUAAGAAGCAGAGCCUAUCAUUUAAGUAGGUCUGCUUCUCUCUCCUCAGUCCCACCAUGCAGGGAGCCUGUUGCCAGCAGUGCUCCCUGAAAAUAAAAAACCUAACAAAAUUCUUUUUCAGAGAAACUCUGAAGAGCUCCCCUUUAAAGCACCCUAUCUCCUCUGGGCACAAAAUCUAACUGAGGUCUGGAGGAGGGGCAUGGAGGGAGGAGCCAGUGCACACCCAUACUAAAAGUUCUUUAUAGUGCCCAUGUCUCCUGCGGAGCCCGUCUAUACCCCAUGGUCCUUACGGAGUCCCCAGCAUCCUCUAGGAUGUAAGAGAAACACAGUUUUCUGGGAUUUUACUGCAUUUCCAAAUGUACUAAAGCCCCGGCACUGGGUCUCUGAUGCAGAGGGUGGCGUUACCCUAUAGAAGAUUAUGGGCUUCUUACCGUGCUGUGUGAGAAAUCCAAUCAGAUCCCUCCCAGCAUGCCUUGUGGCCAUCGCUACCUUCUGCGCAUACACAGUCAGACUCCCGGGGUAAUAAACCUGGAAGUCCAAGGACCGGAGCACAUCGAAAAAGGGCAGCUCUUUCCGGAAGAGCUGUCCUCCGUGACACUAAUCACAUGUGGUAGUGCAUAUGCGAUUGGUAUUGCUGCAAUAUGUGGCAUAUAUCAUGAUAUUUACGUACUUAUAUGUCUGUUUUCUGAAUCAAGUUCAAAACAAGAUGGUAUUAAUAAAUGUCCCUCUGUAAAGUUGUUUUUGACAUAGACUAUAUAAUAAAUUUAAUAGAAAUUAAA